CGGCGCGAGGAGCGGGGCGGCCGCGAUGCUGCAGCUGCGGGACUCGGUGGAGGGCGGCGCGGGGGCGGCGCUGCUGGUGCCGGGCGAGGCCGACGUGCCCCUCCCCAGCCCCGCCGCCGGGUCCCUGCCGCCCCGCCGCACGCUGCGGCCCGUCAGCGUCUGCAACCCGACGCGCGGCGGCCGCCUGAGGGAGUACUUCGUGUUCCGGCCAGGCACCAUCGAGCAGGCCGUCAAUGAGAUCCGCCUGGUCGUCAUGCCCAGCGAGGACGGGGAGGUGCAGAGCGUGUGGCUGCUGACAGAGAUUGAUCACUGGAAUAAUGAGAAGGAGCGCCUGGUUCUUAUCACUGACUGGUCUCUUCUGAUCUGUAAAUAUGACUUCAUCAACCUGCAGUGUGAGCAAGUGACUAGAAUAUCGCUUAAUGCAGUUGAUACAAUUUCUGUUGGAGAAUUUGAGUUCCCACCUAAAUCACUGAAUAAGCGAGAAGGUAUUGGUAUUCGAAUUCAAUGGGAUAAGCAAAGCCGUGCCUCCUUCAUAAACAGAUGGAAUCCAUGGUCCAAAAACGUGCCAUAUGCUACUUUUACAGAACAUCCAAUGGCAGAUGCUGAUGAGAAGAUUGCAUCACUUUGCCAAUUGGAAAACUUUAAGACUCAGUUAAUCCAAGCAGUGAAGAAAGCCCAUAAAGAGUGUCCACUGCCAGGAAGAGCUAAUGGAGUACUAGUCCUGGAGCGGCCUCUUCUCAUUGAAACUUAUGUGGGAUUGAUGUCCUUCAUCAACAAUGAGGCCAAACUUGGCUAUUCCAUGACAAGAGGCAAAAUUGGAUUUUAAAUUCACAGUAUUUAAUCUAUGCCAAGGAGAAGUGAUUUCAAGCUAGUAUCAAGGUGGGAGUUUACCAUGUAGCAAAUUACUGCAGAGCAACAAAAGAAAAAAGCAUAUAAACAGAAAAGGGAUUGGCUAGCUGUAAAAUGAGCAGUUAACAGAAAUCACUUUACUGUUAUAAAGAUUACUAGAAUCUUCAGUCAAAUAGACCUCAGGUGGUCACAAGCUAAUUGCAUUCUUGUACUUACUGGUUCAUAUGGAGGUUUAGUAAGCUGUGAUAUUUUCUCUUCUGUUUCUAGCUACACACCUUUCCCUGCUAAAUGUAAAACUUGUACUCCCCAUAUUACUAUCUAAUAUAGUCGCAUGUUCAUACCAUAUUAUAAUUGUAUCAUGUAAAUCCAUAGCUGUUAAAUCAUGUCACUGUGUUUUGAGACUACUCGUGAGGAGGUAGUAAAUCUAGAUUAUAUAAAUAGGCUCAGAAAUUGAACUAAUUCAAUCAUGAA